UAAGGUUCUUAAAACCCUUGCCCCCAGACCAGGAACUAUAUUCUGGAGCAUACAAAGAACUGAGUGCGUAGUUUUGAGACAGUUGAUUCAGAAGAUUUUCGCUAUGGCCUCAGAAGCGGAUAGAAACGUUGGACUCGCCAACAAUGGCGAGCACCAGGACGACGGGGAACAGCAGAAUGUGGUGAACAGGGUCACUAACCUGCCGCUUGUGAGCUCUGCCUAUGAUAUGGUGUCGGCUGUAUACAACACUACCAAGGAGAACCAUCCAUACGUCAAGACGGUCUGUGACGCUGCUGAACAGGGAGUGAAGGCCAUCUCUGCUGUGGCUGCCAGUGGUGCCAAGCCCAUUAUGAACAAGCUGGAACCACAAAUUGCAGCAGCUAAUGAAUAUGCCUGUAUGGGCUUGGAUAAGCUGGAAGAGAAGCUUCCAAUCCUUCAGCAGUCCACACCCCAGGUUGUUGCAGAUACCAAGGAGCUAGUUUCCUCCACUAUUACAGGAGCUAAGGAUGCCGUCUCCAACACAGUGACUGGUGUCGUUGACAUGGCCAAGGGAGCUGUGCAUAGCAGCAUCGAGAAGACCAAGAAUGUGGUAGCUGGAGGAGUAAAUACUGUCAUGACAUCCAGAGUUGGCCAGAUGGUGGCCACUGGUGUGGACAGUGCACUCAAUAAAUCGGAAGAGAUGGUUGAUCAUUAUCUUCCUUUAACUGAAGAAGAAUUGGCAAAGUUGGCCACAUCUACAGAAGGUUUUGAAGUGGCCCCAGUACAAGAGCAAAGUUACUAUGUGCGCUUGGGAUCUUUGUCUUCGAAAGUUCGUCACAGAGCAUACCAGCACUCGACUGCUAAGAUGCAGAAGGUCAGGCAAAGCAGCCAAGAAAUCAUCUCUCAGCUUCACAACACCAUGGAUCUGAUUGAAUUGGCAAGAAAAGGGAUGGAUUCAGCAAAUCAGAAGCUCCAUGGUGUUCAGGAGAAACUGCAUCAGGCCUGGGAUGAUUGGGUGAAAAAUCAACCAGAAGCUCAAGCAGCAGAACAGAAUGCUCAGAAACCAGAGCACCUCGAAUCUCGAAUGUUAACCAUGACCCGUGGUCUCACGCAGCAAUUACAAACUACCUGCCUGACCUUGGUUUCAAAUGUUCACGGUCUUCCUCAACACGUUCAAGAUAAAGUGCAACAGAUCCGCAAAACAGCUGAAACCAUCCACACCUCGUUUUCCUCUGCUAAUUCCUUGGGGGAUCUCUCUGGGCAGCUGUUGGCCCAAAGCCGGGAACAGAUGGCAAAAAUUCGGGAAUCCAUGGAUGGGGUGAUGGAAUAUGUGCUUCACAACACUCCUCUCAACUGGAUGGUUGGUCCUUUUGCCCCGCAGUUGACUGAGAAACCUCAGUCGCCAUCUGAGGAGAUGAUUGCAAUGGAUGAAGUUAAAGAGUAACUUAAUCUCUUUGAGUUCAACUUGUUGGAUAAAUAGCUUGACCUGUGUUAAACUUGUGUUAAUUUUGGUGUUUAAACUUUGACCUUACUACUGGACUAAAUUUGUAUUUCUAGGUUUGCACAAUAUUCCUCCAAACUACUUGGCCUCAUCCAAUUAAUAUCGUCAAUAACAUGAAUUUUAACUUCUAAUUCUCCCAAUGCAAGGUGAAAUAUUUUGGCUAUACUAAUUAUAAAACAAUUUUACAGAUGUGUGAAAUUUUCAAUAAAUGAGAAGUGCUGGCAAAUCUCAUGGAAAACUGACACCCUAAAGCUUGUGAAGAUUAGGAUUGAAUUGGAAAUUGGGUGGAAUGUAAUUUCAGACAAAUGUAUCAACUUCCAACAUAAUCUGGCUGGGGUAUUCCGAGCAUUUAAUUCAUUGCAACAAUGUUGCAGAAUGGAUCUGCUGAAUUUGCCAAUACAACUUGGGAAAUUCCUCUUGCAAUAGGUAUCAUUUGUGCAAUGCAUUUUUUCCUUGCAGCCAGAUAAGGGAGAAUGUGCACUGACCUUGAUCAGCUGCAGUUUUUCUACCUACCAUCUAAAAGAAAUGUUGAAAUGUUUGAGAGGCAGCAGCAUGAACCACUUAAAAUGUUUGAGCACAAUGCAUGGGUGGAGGUGUUUGUUCUAAAAUUUAACCUAGUCCUACUCGCAUGCACAUAUUUCUUCAUUUGAAAUACUAUUGUUAAAGAUGAGAUCCUUUUCGAAGGUGUGCAAAAUAGAGCAAAGGUUUAACUUGGAAUAAAUAAAAUAAACAGGAUGCCUGAAUACUGAAGAAUUUCACCAGCAUUACUUUACACACUUUCACUUGCAGUCACUUUUCAGUUCUCCUGCAGUAUAGCAGAAUUUGGUUUGUUUUUAAUUUUAUAUUGGGUGGGCAUGCCAAAUGUUCAGAGAUCUGUAAAUGGAGCUAGUACUAUUGGUUAACUAAAAUGCAAGUAUUGGUCUUUGCAAUGAGGUAUAUUUACUCAAAUAUACUAUUUUUAAGCAGUAUAAAUUAGGUACCAAGCAACUCUUCAGUGAAUGUAUUUAAUAAUCAAAAUUGUUUUGCUAGAAUGUAGCUUUAUCUUGAAAAUGCAUUGACUGUUUUAUUACCUAGCCCCGAGUUCAAUGAUCUGGAUAAAACUUGCAGCGGUAGCAAAAUUUGUAUUUACUCAGCCUGUUUAUUGCACUCAGUGUAUGGAACUUCUGUGCUCCAUGGCAUUAAAUCUUUCUUCACAAACACAUUUUUGACACUUGUCCAAUUUGCAAAACCUGUGCUAGCAUUGGUGCAUGGUGGCAAAGCUUAACCCCAGUGGGACAAGCUGGUGCCCUUGCAAUUGGGCUAUUGUAUUUGAACAUGCAGCUUGAAACCUGCUCAGCCAGCAUGAAAUGUAUGCAAGUGAUCCCAUACUUAAUGGAAAAAUUCUCCCUCCCAAAUCCAAGA